CGCCAUUCUACCAGGACGCCGGCCUUGCGGCUAACAGGGAAAACGUUCCUCCACGCCGUGUGCAGCCGUCCGCCGUCAGUGAUGCUGGGAACGCGGGAAGACAACGCCGUCCCGCUCCUUCAUUCAGACAACGGCCUCAACGGUUACGCGAGGAGGUCUACACCGUCGGUGAUGCCUGCACGUGGACAUAGGCCCAGGUCGACGGACGCCGGUGAUCCCUUCGUCGGCUCCAAGCUGGCCCUCUCAGACAAGUCUGAAGGCGAGAAGCCCCUGAGCACCACAGCGGCAGCAUCGGAGAAGGAGUCGCUCGACGAGUCACAGCUGCUGCCGCAAGAAUUUGUGGUAUCUUUCCAGAACGGAGGAAGCCCCGUGGUUGACAUUGAAAAUGGUACAGCACGAUCGAGUGAUGUGUUUCGGCAGUCACGGUGUAAUGCCGUGUACCUCGACUGGAAGAACAUCACAUACACAGUGCCUGUCAAGAAGAAAGAAAAAAAAGCCCUCAUCAGUCGCAUGUACGGCCGGGCAGAACCAGGCACAUUGACAGCCAUCAUGGGUCCCUCGGGUGCUGGCAAGACUACGCUGAUGAAUGUCCUCUCCGGCCACUAUGACAAGGGCUACCAAGGCGAGGUGCAAGUCAAUGGCUGGGUACGAGACACGGAGCUGUUCAACCAGCAGAGCUGCUAUGUCAUGCAGGACGACUGCCUGCUACCUGAACUGACAGUGCGUGAGGCACUUACUGUGGGUGUCCAGCUGCGAAUGCCGUCCCUCAACCGCUCAAAGCGCGAGCAGCUGGUGGACGAAGCAAUGGCGCGAUGGGGUCUAGACAUAUGCCAGCACACGCGUACCAGCUGUCUCUCCGGCGGUCAGCGCAAGAGGCUAGCGAUCUCCCAGGAGCUGAUCAGCAACCCUCCAGUCAUCUUCCUUGAUGAGCCCACCAGUGGCCUAGACAGCAUGUCUGCACUUCGCUGUGUGAAGGUGAUGAAAACAUUGGCUGCAGCUGGCCACACGGUGCUCUGCUCUAUACACAACCCGAGUGCAAAGCUCUUCUCACACUUUGAUAGGCUCUACAUGAUAUCAGAAGGUAUGUGCAUCUACAAUGGACCAGUGGACAAGCUGCUUAACUUCCUCUCCACCCAGAACCUGCACUGCCCCAUUUACCACAACCCAGCAGACUUUAUCACAGAAAUUGCGUCUGGAGAGUAUGGCAACCUAAACAAGCAGUUGGCAAAGUCCUUCACACCAGACUAUUCAGAAGAGGUCAACGAAAAGAAGCUGGACCAUCCCGUGCUUACCGAAUAUGGGGGCAAGACUAUGAACAAGAAGGAAAAAGCUGAGGAGAUGGAGUUGCAUCGAGUGCACGUCAACUACUUUCACCAAUUUGUCGUGCUCGUCAAGCGGUGCUUCUUGUGCGUGAUUAGAAACAAGGUUGCCACGCUACUUCGCCUCGUGGCAUACAUUUUUAUAGCGGGCAUGAUGACAGUGCUGUUCUACGAUGUGGGCAACAGUGCCACGCGCGUGAUCAGCAACUCUGCCCUUUUCCUGCUUUGCCUCACCAUGGCACUGUUCCAGUCGGCCAUGCCCACAGUUCUUAUUUUUCCCACAGAGUUAACCGUGCUGCUAAGAGAGCACCGAAACUGUUGGUACAGCCCAUUCAUGUACUACAUAGCUAGGAUAAUUACAGAACUUCCUUUUACGAUCUUUGGCCCGCUUGCUAUGAUGUCAUUGCUGUACUGGACAACAGGACAGCCACAAGAGAUGUGGCGUGCUGCAACUGUGAUCUUGUUUGUCAUACAAGUGGGAUCUGUCUCCCAGGGACUGGCUCUUGUGGUCUCGGCAUUGAGCAGCAUACAGACAGCAGUGUUUUUGGUGCUGCCCGUGGCAUCACCGUCGUUCCUUUUCUCGGGCUUCUUCGUGCAAGCGCGGCACAUUCCAGUGGCAUUCCGCUGGAUCAUGGAGACUUCGCACCUAUACCACGGCAUGCAGGGAGUUCUGGAAGCCUUGUAUGGCCGUGGGCGUGCGGAGCUCGACUGCGAGGAGGACGAGCUCUGCUUCCUCAGUGACCCCGAAGAGGUUCUCAGGCACCUAGAUGUUGAGAACAUCGACAUCUCCCACAAGUUCCUCAUUCUCCUCGCCAUGGACCUCUUCUACCGUCUUGCCGCUUUUCUCAUCCUCAAGUGGCGUCUGCGAAGGAAGCGCUAAUACUAGGGUUGUGCUGACUCAUCGUAUCGUAUAGUAACCAUUGUUCAUCGGCUUACCUGUUAAGCACAAUCUCUUUGUAAGCGCUCAGCACGGAGAGACUAGGCUGUUUCAUGGUCAGUUCGUCAUCUGCUGUGCUUCACAGUGGCUAUAUCUCUCUCUGCCUCUGCAGUUUUGGCAGAAGCUGCAUCAUUGUAACUUAUUACUUUCUGGACUUAGUGCAUAGAAGGAAAUUUGGACGCAUCUAGGGGCUCGCCGUUACAUGUGGGCUCUGUAUUAAAUGAUCACUUUUGGCAGAGUAUUCUCAGUGCUUCUCUUGUAGCAUUACUUUACAGUGGCUCAUGCUCAAAAAGUAUUAGCAAAAUUUUGAUGGUACGGUCUUACCAUUCAUACGGCCAAGCUGUCAAGAACAGAAGAGACAAAUUAGGUGUUUACGUGCGUCAGACAGCUCACAGUAUUAACACCAAGGUAGCCCGUUCUAGUCUGAAGUUUAUUGAAGUACUGCCUCUCAUUUUUGAUUGACAGUGUGGCACGAGUGUGAAAUGUCCAAAUAUUUGCAUCAGUUGACUGUAUCUACCGGUACACUGGAGAAAAUGAAAGUACCAUGAAAUCCUAAAUUAUAUGCUGAUCAGGGCAAUCUCUGGGCACUUUAUUAGUCUGGAAUGGCACUAUGCACUGACUGCUAUGGAGUCCAACUUAAGCAUGAGUAUAUGACAUUAGACUACAUAUCUUUAGCUUAUAACGAUCAUAUGAAGAAGCAUUUGGGAAGAAUAGUUGAAAGCCAAAGCUUCUUUGAGAGCCGCUAUUCACAUUUAGACUGCAAAAGCAUUCAAAUACAAUAUUCAUAGUAUAACCUCAAUGUCCAGCAGAUGUUCUAUUUGACUCUGAAAUUGUCUAUAAAUAUUGGUGCGAUUUGGGGUGCCCCACAAUAUAAUCAGUGGGAAAAUUCUGUUGUUCUGUAUUUAAAAAAUACUUGUGAAGUAGUGUGCUAUACCAUGCAGAGCAGACUUCACAGCUUUAUUAAAAUUAACACGACUGAGCUUUCUUAACUUGUUCUUUUCUUUUUCACCUUCCUCUUAGCGACACUUUUACAAUACCGAAGUGUAGUAAUGUUUACCGUGUUUUCUUAGCAUACUUUAUCACAUUUUCUUCAACCUUAUUUCAUAGGUUUUGUCAGCAUUCCUUCAGUGCAGCUAGCUGCUGAUGAUUCAGGAGGUGAAUAACUCUCGUAGCACAAAUUUCUGCACAUACGAAAUCGCAUUUCCCAGAAUGUCCAAUUCAGCCUCUUGACACCAAAACUGUAUCCCCAAAAGUGAUCAUUCCCCUAUGAUGCGAGUGACUAUCUCUGAUGCGUUUUUAUAUCUAGGGCAGUAUAUCUCCCAAUGCUUUCAUCUUGCAGCCAUUUUACCAGGCUUAAUCUCUCUUGAGUGUAGUGUGCAGACUCAUCCUCGUUUGAGCUCUGCAAUAACAGCAAGUCUUACUGGGGCUGCAAGAAAUGUAGUGCUUUGUGUGUGAAGUGCCUUGUUGCAUGGUUCUUGUUGUUCAUUGCAUUGAAUGGACUCCACUCUUCUCUUACAUGUGCCGCAGUUUUAUUGUCAUGUGAGGCAUUUGUGCAGAAAACACUGGGUCACUACCCAAACUGUACCUGCUGCGUACCUGCAUUCCUCUGCCACUAUUUUGGCUGGCUCUUUCCCCAAUUUAACAUGUGCUUGUUAAGUAACAAUGGGCAAGCUCGGCUUCUCUUAGUCUUUAGCUCAGUUGCCAUGAAGUUGUAGUGAAUGCCAUGCUUGGUUCCGUCAUCCUUCCUGAAGUGUCCAGGAUGAGCUCCAAUAUUCACGGUUGUCCUGGAAACAGUGUAUCAAUAGGGAAAUCCAUAUUACUUGUGUGUGAGUUAUAGAAAUCUUAUGAAACCAUGGGAAUUUGUGUAGAUGCUUCUCAAUUGAACUGCAGGGAAAGGUAACACUAAGGACACUCUCCUCUCUUUGUCUUUUCAACAUUUUCAACUAGGCAGGAUAGUUACUAGUAAACAUUGCAUUAUGUUUGUCAUAAUUCCAACUUCCAUUCAUUUGAAACCAAGGCAAAGCCAGUUUCCAGGUUGUUGAGUUGUUCUGCUUCUCAAACAUGAAGUAUUUGAUCACAGCAUUUCUCGAACUGUCAGUGUCAAAUGCUUCCAGCUUGCUAGAGGAUGAGAAAGAAAAGCUCCAGUACAUUCUAGCUUUCUGACUGAAGAUAGUGCUGGCACCUCAAUUGUCAUGCAGUUUUCUCUAACACAAUAACCAUACAUCAUUGAUAUAUAAACAGUUAAGGCUGCUUAGUUAAUUCACUUCAGGGACUAGUAAUACCACUUUGAAAGCAGAUGAUGAAUAUGCUUUAGGUUCAGGUUUCUUGGUGCAGUGUUUUGACUGAAGCAUUUUUUAACAAAAUGGCCGAGAUCCUUUCCUCAAGCUUUAAACAUUGCACUGUACACACUCUAAAUGAUUGCUGACAGUGGAAGCCUUAAUGAUUUUUUACCACCUAUUUCAUGAACAAUGAAUGCAUGUAAUGCAACAAGUAAUGUAACUGCAACAAGUUUCUCAUUCCAUUCAUUGGCCUUGGCAUGAACAUUUCAUGUGAUGGAUUUUUCGUGAGCAGGACACAUAGACCUCACAAGCUUCAAGAAAACAAGAACCUUGAAACCUGAUAACUUAUAGAAGAUACACAUUUUUGCAUGUGUCAAAACAGGCUGUACCAAAAAUGUGGUAAAGGUAGCAGCGAUUGUAGUUUGUGGCCAGUGUUUAUAUAUAUAUCAAUUGUGGACUACAGUACAGAUAGUUCACUACUUCCUUUGGUUGGAUUUUAAAGGGGACGUUAAAACUGUUCGAUAUCAUGAAUACUUGUAUACAUAUCCAAGUUUGAUCAUUUUUUCUGUUCGAAACACAUGAAGUUCUUUGACCAGUAGUCAUGUAAAACAACUUCUGUAUGUGUAGGUGCUAACUGCCGUAAAACUUUAGUAAAACAGCACCACGGUAAAGAUUUACCUCACUUGACCUAAUUUAAUGUCUUAAGUUCUCAAUGCAAUGUGGCAGUACUGAGGAGCUGUUGAGUAAGAGGACAGGCCCUUGACUGGUGCAUCAAGGAUGCCAUUUUAUUGAGGCCAAAGCACGGCUUGAGGUACAGCAUUGAAACUUGUGGCUUGCUAUGUACAGCUCUGUAUUCAACUAAUGGAUUCCUUCGAGACUUCUUUUCUCCACUGGAGAUGAUAAAUCUAUGUAACAAGUGAAUCGCUAGAGAUAAUUUUAUUAAUUUGUUAUACUAAUAUAUUGCACUAAUUGUUCAUACACAAGCAUAUGUUUGUUUUACUCUCUUGAUCUGAUUUCACUGUUUAUGUACUUUGUAAAGAAACAAUAUCCUACACAGGGUACCCCCAUCUGCUUGCUCCGUUUGCUUGAGUUUCUCGCAAGAUGCCAGUUCAUCUUAGCUUCACACCAGGAGCAUCAAAAGUUUUGUCUCUUUUGAAUGCAACCUUGUAUCUUACCACAGCUAUUUCUCAUUAUCACAAAUAGCACAAUGGAACAAAAUUUGCAAUCAAUAAUUUGUUUAUUUUAUUUCUGUAUUCCUUUGUUCUUCCAAUUCACUGAAGUUUGCUGGCAUCUUUUCAAAGCAAUAAAUAAAUGGGCCAAAAAAGUUGCAGGCAUAAUUUUAUUUAUCAUUCCUGAAAGUUCGUUUUAUAGUUUCAUGAUUUUGUUUUAUUUGGGAGGCCUUCCUAAGCAGUAAUGUUUAGCGCAGGUAUUGCCAGGAAAAUUUCAUCCGCAACAUUUUCUUUUCCAGCUUGAUCUUUUAAUGUUACUGGAAUUCUUAGUAUUCAGCAUAAAUUUUGCCCGUACUCAAACUGCUUCUUCAUAAAAUGUGCUGCAGCUGAUGCAAUUCUACAUGAGUCAUGUCUGCUGAAUCCACUACACUAUCAGACUACUUCUCCACCAUGUGUUAGGUCGACAUUAUCACUUUCUUGCUAUAUUCUCUAAGGCUAUUUCUUUCCAUGAGUGAAAGUUGUUCUCAUAGUACAGGGGCAAACCUGGCAGUUUUUCAGACUCAAUUCGGAACAUCCAGCGAUUGCUGGGAUAAAUGGAACAUUGCAUAGAGUACAUAAAUCUGUUGAGCUUGACAACUACAAAUGCUAACACCAUCAUCCUCCAUAUUUAACCUUGUCAUCCAUAAGGACUUGUACCACAGCUUAGUUUAUAUGCAUUUUCUACUGGUGGCACCACAAGGGUACAUCUGCAGCUGCAUACUAGAUACUUAAGACUAGCUAUGUACUGAAUAAUGUGCAACACAAAUUCUAGUCUGUUAUGGUCUCUCAUUUGUAAAUUCUAAAUAUUUCGUCUUUAAAUUCACACUGAAGGGGCAAUUUAGCAGGCCAAUCUCGUUUAUCUGUAUUAUUUUCAAGCUGUUCUUUUCAACACUUUCACUAUUAAAAUGAAACAGCCACGCAGCUAUAUUACUGGUCAAUAUUUAGGCACUGGUAACACUGCAGCGAAUGCCCUUCCAUUAUUUCUAGGAAUCACUUCCCUGUACAGUAGAGUAGAGAUGAAUUGUUUUUGUUGUUUUGUUUAUUUCACUUGCAGGCAUAAAAACAUUGCAACAGCUGUAAGUGUAAGCCCUUGUCGCAUCACAAAGCACUGAUUCCGCUCGGAGCAAUGAACACUAUUUUUACACGAAAAGUGCUAGUGCAGCAGUAAAGUUAGAGCCGUAGAUUUUAUACCCUGGGAGUUUAGUGCCACAGAUUGAAUGGCUUCCACAUUUUGGCUGGCUUUGCAGGGGUUUUACUGCCGGAAUCCUGUGCACACGUGUCCCUGUUUUGAAUAAUCAGUUGCUAUUGCUCUCAGUGUAGGUGCUGAAAAUGUGGGCUUGCUUUCACAACGCCAAGUUGUAAGGGCUGUUGCUGCGCAAGCCCCUUGAUGUUGUUGUGUUAGUAUGGUUUGUUAGAUGUUAGUUUACUUUGAAAAAACGCAAUGAAACACUUGCCAAAGCUCGUGUUUUUGCCUUAGUUCUUUGAAUAUUACGUCAGCCUGUAAUUGAAGCACAAGCAUUCAAGCGUCAAGUGUCGGAUCAUAAAGUGUAUUUCCACUCAACACGGGUGCUUUUUCGUUUUCUUAAGCGCAAUUGUUUGCAUCAGCUACGAUUAUCGAAGUGUCAGCAAUGCCUGGUAUAGUUUGGCCUGUCUAAGUUGCCAUGGAAACAAGCAUGCUGUUGAAUCUUCCUACUGUCCUUUCUAUGCAUAGAAGGCUGUCCUGGUAGUGUGUCAUGUAAUUGCUACACAUGAAAAGUGAAGGGACUCUGCACUUUCCAGUUUAUAGUAAUUUCACUGUGCAUUUUCGGUGUGUGCCAGAGUCGCAUCCUAUGGCAACAAGAUUAUUGCAAGCUCCGACUUUGUUAAUACAUGCAGAAUCUUCUUAAGAGUACUGUUGAAAGAGCUAAAAGCAAAGGAGUACCAUAACCUGUUAACUCUAUUUGCGAGGUGUUGGAGUAAGGCCGUGUAAUCAUGCGCAAUGGGAAGACAAAGUUAAAAGGGCUAAUGAGAAUAAAAGAAUUUCAUGGGUAUAACAAGGCUGCACCAAGCACAGAACUGAGUUGAUUGCUUGAAAAUGGGAGAGGCCUUCACCCUGCUCAGUCAGGCUGAUGAUGAUGAUGAUGCAGUAAGAUCAUAAGUCGUUUUAUUUAUUAUUUAUUUUUUAUAUAACAUAAGCAUAAAAUGGUUGCCAGCCAAUUCAUUUGAUGGUGCAGAAGUCAGUUGUUCACAUUUCGUACAAUAGGCAACUGAGGCACAUUGAGGCAAGGCCCCUAGCCUUUUGUCAUGUGAAAAACAAUCAUCAUGGACACGUGUACAUAGUAGUACAGCUCGUAGAUGAGAAGCAAUAAUGUUUGGCAAUGAGUAUCCCGGUGCUGUGUCUUUAUUUACAUGUUUUUAUGGCCGCAGCUGUGUGAAAAUGUACAAUCUUCACAGUGGCAGUGCAAUAAGACUGCAGUUCGUUUACUAUAUUUGCUGCAUUGACAGUUGAUGUUUAAGUCGUCCACACCCGAGGCCAGCUGCUGCUGCUUUAGUGCCUGGCAAGCUUUGCGAUUUUGAGCUUUACUUUGCAAUGUUUUUUUUUUUCUUGUUGGGCAGUGGCAUUUUUACUCUGGCCUUUCCUUCGUGCACAUGUGAUAGAAACUGUACAUACUUUGGCUUUCUGUUGAAGGCUGUUGAAGUGUGAAGUACUGUUUUGCCUGAGCCCUACACUGCAUGUGGUCCUGCAGAGCAUUAAACUAGGCUUGGGCGAAUAUCGCUUUCUUGGUUGGAAGAGAAGACGUUGUGACAAUUAGUAUAAGAACUUCAAAGUGAAUGGACAGGACUUGUAUAGUAGUUGGGUGCAAGAUAUACAAGGUGAAAUAAGUUACACAUUAAAGUCCGCUUUACGUGACUCAUGAAAGCGUGCAUAACACUUUUUAAACUUUAAGAACUAUUAGCAGAGGUGCAACUGAUAUGCACACUUACACGAGAGGUGUGGCUUCGCGGCUGUGCAAUUUUUUUAUCACUUUAAGUUUCAUGGCAUAGCAACUCUAUAUUGCAGUGAAACGACCUUUUUGGGUGGGUUAUCUGCCGUGAAAUUCGUUUACGAGUGUGAAUACUUCGACAUUUCGAAGACUUUAAAUACGUGUAGAAGCUAUUUCUAAUGGUGUAAUAUUAGCAUGAAUAUAUAAACAACCGCAUAACCCCACAGGCCUACAUUAAACUGUUGGCCAUAACAUACGGUGUUAGCCACGUGCUGUACAUAUACUUAAUCUCCUCGAUUUCACUACACAUCUGUCUAUUGCCGUUGCAUUUUUUUCGGUAUUGUUUUACCCCUGUGCUUGCUCCUUUCUUUUAUGUAUUGCUACGUGAUGUAAUUCAUGCAUUUGUUGUCCCUACUAAGGCCAAUAUUAUGUCUUUCCCAUCGUACUGUAAAUGCAGCGCCUCUACCCGUACAGUCAUGUUAUGUUCCCAGCUCUCGUACUGAGAAGUUGAAAAAUGUGGAAUGUGCACAUGUGUUGUGUGUGUGUACUAAUACUAUUUAAAAAUUGAAACGGUUUCAUGCAAAGGGCAUACAGGUGGGAUUGGGCUUGACAGCUUGCUGCAACGAUGGAGUGAUGCCAUGGGCGUAAUAAAUAUUUUACUUAUUCUGCUGAUUGAGCUCUAGCACUCCUCCGAGAUUGAACAAGAGAGGUGUGAAAGCAUGUGUUUUGUUCUUUGUCUAGCCAGAAGCUUCUGGAAUACCAGACUUGCUGAGACAAAGACGUUAGUCCUUGGUUUAAUUUUCGAAAUGCCGCUAGACGAGUUUGCAAAUUUCUUGUAUGAACCACACUGAAUGCACAGGCUGAAUCGCCACUUAAUUCCUGCUGAAAUGUUCAAUGUUUACUUCUGUAACUUAAAUAUUUUAUUAAUUUAAGUAUGCAGACGUAUCAAGGUAUCAAAAAUAUGCAAAACGAAAUUACAAUUUUUCAUAUGGAAUCCAUGACAGAGAGGGAUAUCAAUUUAUUUCAUCCCGGUGCAAUACUUCGUCACAAAGUAGUCAAAUUUUACAGCUACAUAGCCAAAACUCUCCCUUUCUUUAUGUCUUUCAUUUCUCCACGAUUGUGUUUGUCUACUAUAAAUGUAGGCAUUCUCGUAGCUGUGAUCAUGGAGGUUGCUGUGCUGGACCAUGGUAACAAUGAAUGUGUUGCGAUGUAUGUUACGAAGCCAGCUUGUCUGAGAAUAGGUCUGGUAUUUUCUGUUGUAUUUGUACCUAUAGCAAUUUUACAUCAGUACUUGAAGCAUUGCAUUAAACAUGCAUUGAAUCGCA